UGGAAACCGAUCCUACCCAACCGCUUAGCAGAAAACCAAUCAAGAUCCAACCAGAUGGAUCCAACAUGCGGAAGGUCAGCGCUUCGGAGCACCUUUCUGGUUUAAUAGUACUCCUCCGAUUCUCCAAGGACGCUCGUGCAUUGCUGACAACAUCACCUGGCGAUGCAGAAACUCGUGCGCGAGAGGCUUUGCAAACAUUUCGCAAUCUUGGAAAUAUUGACGGGGAAACAGCUGCGCAGACUUUGAUUGCCAAAGUGCUCGUCCUUAGGGGAUCAUGGCAAGAGGCAAUCAGGCCUGCCAGGAACGCACUCAAAUCGCUCAAACUGGCAAAUUGCAUUGACGCGCAAAAAAUUCUGGUGCGUGCCCUCCUUGGAUGCAGCCAGACCGGGGAAGCACGGCAAUCUACAACAGCGAAACUCACGGAAUUUGAGCAACAAAGUGACCGCCAUGGACAAGCGGCCAUGACUAUGCUGAUGGCGACUAUCAGCGCUGCUGAAGGGAACCCAACAGAGGCUUGGUCCACAAUUCAGGAAGCACAAGGAUUGUGUGAUCCAAGUGACUUGAAACUGCUGUCCAAAGUUCACUUGGAGGCCAGCAGCAUCUUGUUGCAGCUCCGGAUGCUGGAUGAAACCCUCGUUCGGGCGCAGGAGGCGUUGAUGGCCUUUUGGAAGUUGGGGGACCGGCUUGGAGAGCAGAAAGCCAAUGCCGUUCUCAGUGAGGUUUACAGCCUUCGCGGUGUGCCACAUUUAGCACCAAAUAGGCCCCAGGCCGUAGAAGCAAUGAAAGAGAUGGCAAAAGCAGUUGGACUCCGGGAUGCCGAUGGCUACCAGAAAGCUUCAGAACAACUUGCUAGAUUGGCGGUGUCAAAUCCACCAAUCUCAAAGAAGGAGAAGCGAGAGGUAUUUGAUGAGGUCCUGCGCAGGGACCAAGCGGCAUCAGACUUUAUCCGUGCCAAUUCUUCCGCCUCCAAAGUGGACACAAGUUUAGCCGGGGAGACCUUCAGGGCUGUAGAGAAAAAAGGUCUCUAUUUUGGCUACAGAGCGGGAGGAAUUGCUUAUGGACCAAGGUUCCGUGGGAUUGAUGUGGCGCUAGGGAGGGCGACUGCCGCACGUGGUAUUGAGGAUGAAGCACAUGCCUACGCAGUCUAUCAGCUUCAAGAAGAGGCAGAUGACUGGGAGAAGGGCUACAGAGCCCAUCCAUCAAUACUGGACUCAGCUCUACAGUCAGGAUCAGUCAUUGGUUUGACCAGACAGUAGAGACAGCUGAACAAACUGAAAGAUCCAUG